CUGACCGUGCGACAAAGGUCGGUGGCACACACCGCAACAACGCACGAUAGGAACGGUAGGCUCCUAUUAGUCAGCUCCGGCGUCAGGCAUCGCGCAAAACUGAUUUCGUUGCUGGCCUUGGCGCAUCAUCGAUUGAUUACGCGAGUUCACCUUUCCGGGCAGAACCACCGGGAGUGGAAGUGCGCGGGAUUAGAGGGUUGCGCGUGUUACGUGAUUAGAUUUGUUAGUUGUCCAGGGUUUUUCUAUGUGCGUGUGUGUGUGUGGUGUGUGGUGUGUAAGGAAACGGGAAGAACGUGAGAUUUGGAUGCGCAAGUUCCACGUACAGCGUUAUCCAUAUCCGGUGCACACAUUACGGGAUACGUGCUCAGAGUAGUGCUGCUACCUCAAUAUUUGUGGUUCCCGUGACAGGGUGAAUUGACGCGGCCGGAUCGAUAGUGUGAUACGGUGGACCGCCGACUAUGCAUCAGGUGUAUGUAAACAGCGCUCUCUGUUGACGAAUGACGAGUGCGUUUCUUAUCGCGUGUGACGUAUUGCUGUGGCUUGGUCGAACGUGGACAUCGGAUUCAGGGUUCAGAGAUCUCGCGUUUGCGAUUGUGAUAAAAGGCACUGCCAAACGGCACUGCAAGUUCCAUUAGCCAAUAUCAUCAUCCAAAGAGCGGGAGACACAGAACCAAAUCAUCGCAAAGGGCUUCCAUUGAAGUACCGCUCGCGAACGGCCGGGAAUUCCCAUCUUCGAGCAAGCAACCGGUGCACAUGCUGGCUGUAAAUCGUGUAUGUUUAGUGCGAAUGAAUUAUGCAGACCCGCGAUGAAACGUCCCCACAAGGGCUGUGCUAGCAUGCAUGGCUGGUAGCGGUUCUGAGAGGAAGCAACAAGAUCAUGCGAGAUAGAUCGCCGAUCGAAUGGAAUGUACACGGUGCAAAUUAGUCUAAAUUGAAGUGCCUACAGCAGUCGUGCAGACGUCUGUGAAAGAUCUUUCCCGGCUACAAAGUGGCCACGCGGGCACCAACAUCCACGGGUGCGAAAAGUGUUAAUUCGUCUUAGCCCCGCCAAUUGCCAACCGCGCACCCCGACUCCGACGCCCUCUGCCAACGAGAUGCGAACGGGUCCGGCAUAAUGAAGAUCCAGCGCAAAAAACCGAUCGUCUUUCUGCUGAUCGUGGCGUUUGGCGUCCUGUUCUUCUGCUGCAACAACCUGUAUCUGUUUCACAUGCCGAAGAUGCGGCGCAAGGUCGAUCAGGACCAGGCGGAGCAGAAUCUCAGCGUCGGGCUGGAGGUGGUGCGCAGGCUCUGGCAUGCAUGGGCCAUGGCUGAACCACCCUUCCAGUCUGGGGGCGGCGGCGGUCCAGAUCUCGUGACUACACCGGUGCCGUUCGAACAGCACCACUUUAACCGUACGGUUAGCGAUCGACUCGGUGUCGAACGGCCCAUUCCAGAUACGCGUCAUCCAAACUGCCAACAGCGCACCUACCUCACGACCCCUGGGCGUACUACAUCUGUGAUAAUAACGUUCCAUAAUGAAGCUACCUCCACACUGCUGCGAACGCUCGCCAGCAUCCUGCAGCGUACUCCGCUCGAUAUGUUGCACGAAAUCAUCCUGAUCGACGACUGCAGCGACAAUCAUGUGAACAACAGCUUAGAGCAUCCUGCGGAAAUGGAUAGAAACCCUCAGGAUGUUAGGUAUUACGAAUGGUUUAACCAAAUUCCGCUCGUGAGAUACUACCGUAAUUCGGUGCGACAAGGACUGAUACGUUCCAGAAACAUUGGGGCGACGUACGCGGCUGGAAGCUACAUUCUGUUUCUGGACAGCCAUUGUGAGGUGAAUCGGGGGUGGCUGGAACCACUGCACGAUCGACUCGCGAUCGACGCGACCGCCAUCCUUAGCCCGGUGAUAGACAUCAUCGAUCCAGGUACGUUCGAGUAUCGGGCAAACAGUGCCCGGUUGCGGGGCGGUUUCGAUUGGAGCCUUCACUUUCGUUGGUUGCCGAUCGCCGAGGAAGAGUUCGAGCAUCGGCGGCACGAUGAAUCGCUACCGUUCUACAGUCCCGCCAUCUCCGGCGGCAUAUUUAUCGUGGCGAAGAAUCUGUUCGAGCAGCUGGGAGGAUUCGAUCCGGGUAUGGACAUUUGGGGUGGCGAAUCGCUCGAGAUGUCCCUGAAAGCGUGGAUGUGCGGUGCACACGUGGAGGUGGUGCCCUGUUCACGCGUUGGGCACGUCUUCCGGCGUAAGCAUCCGUUCAGCUUUCUACCGGACGGGAGCCAUGUGACGUAUCUACGCAACACAAAACGUGUGGCACUCGUUUGGAUGGAUGAGUUCAAAAACUUCUUCUACGAAGCCCGCCCAGAGGCGGUCCCCAUCGAUGCGGGAUCGAUUACUCAACAGCAGCAUCUGCGACGAUCGCUCAACUGUCGCAAAUUCAGCUGGUACCUGCAGAACGUGUUCCUCGACCUGAAGCUUCCCAACGAGAACAAUGUCGCUUUCGGGCAGCUACGACACGGCGAACGAUGUCUUGCCGUUAAACCAAAGAGAGUGCCAGCAUCGGCAAGAAUGCGCAAGCGAUUGAACGAGAAUGACGUCACAUUGGUGGACUGUGGGGCGCGUGAUAUGGACGGCAGCGAUGGACAGCUGCAGUGGGCGCUACAUAAAACCAACGGCCAGUUAAGUACGGAUCGGGCGGUUUGCCUUACGGUGCGUAAUGGUUUCGUGCUGGCUGAACGUUGCCGUCAGAAGAAUAACCUUCCGCGAACUGACGAUAAGGAUAGACAACGGUGGCAACGACAGGGUGGUACACUGAUACACCAAGCAAGCGGCAUGUGCUUGGAAAGUCUCGUCAGGGAUGAUGUCGGUGCGUCCGAGUGCCGCCGUGGUGCACCAUCGCAGCUGUGGAGUUUCUCCGUAGAAGUGCAACAGCUCACGUAGGUGGACGGUUGCGGCUCAUGUACCAAAAAUAUACACAAAGCGUUUCAACUCCAGCCUGUUCCGGUCCGGUGCGUUCUUUCCUUUCGUUGCAAAGAAUAUACACCCGAUUGAUGUUUGUUAGUU